AUGGACAGAAUCGGCCUCCGUGAAGAGCGUCUGCGGGCUCGAAAAGCGCUCGAAAGAGCUGGCAAACUUCCAUUUAAGUUUGUCUCUUCUGCAAAAUGGGUCGAUAUCGAGCGGUCUUGGACGGGAAGAAUUCACGUUCGCAUUGAACACGACACGGUCCGUGGUUGCACUCCGGAGAUGAUCCGUUGGUGGUUUGAGAACCUCGGCCAACGAACCACCUGGGAUGGUAUUGGGUUUGACGGUCCUGAAAUCUCAUUCUAUCACUUGUGGCAUCAUCGAGAUCAUGUCUCAGUUAUACCUCUUACCGGCAAAAACAACAAAGGCUUUGCAGUCCACAAGAGUUCUCAAAUUACCGAACAGUUCAACGAUCAUCACAAAAAGAUUAAGGUGGAUGUUUGGACGGAGCGUCUUGAUGACAAGGAGUUUAAUUUUGUCAUCAAGAAAAUUGGUUUAACAGGCGUCCGCAUCAAUCAUUUCUAUUCCGGCGAAAACGAUGGUUCUCGGUUCUACGUCGAAACCAUUGCUGGUUUGGGUAUCCCAUUUGUUGGCUGGAUUUUCAACUGGAUCUUUCUGCCUUUCGUGUAUUCCAAAAGGACCGCAGAGCACUGGAUUGCUCACAAUGUCGAGGAGACGGGAAGAUCGGAGUCUAUCAUUCCUGUUUUGUACAAUCGCGAGAAGGAAGCUAGUGACUAUCUGGCAUAG